CCUGCCCAUCGUACCCCAAAGAGAACAUUGCAAGACAAUAUGUUCCUCCUUAAAUUAAGCUGACUUAGCAGCAUUCCAUAGUCUAACGACUUGUGUGCAACGCAAAAAGUAGAACCGCAAGGGAUACCGCCGGUGAACCAUUACCGAGUGUUCGAUAAGUUAUUUUUAGCUUCGUCUUCAACAUCAUAGUCGGUAUCCGCUGAAAGGCAAACAACUUGAGAAAUUCAAAAACACAGUACACACAAAUCAGUCAAAGGCAACAGAAUUGUUGAGGAUUUCUUUGGUAUGGGACUCGACUAUUUCCGCAAGGACGGGAAUAAGGCCAUCCUAUGAAAUGCAACGUUUCGUAACGUAAAGGAAAUGAGUUGCUAUAAUUAAUCACAAAAGAAGUACCUGAGGUCCGAUCAAUUGUUUUAACCUUGUUUAUUGGUAUGUUCAGUAGGUUGGAAACAAUGGAAAUCGGGUCAAAGGAUGGAUUUUACGAUAAGCCAACAUGCUUCAUCGACUUCCUUCAACCCAAUAUCUGAAGUUCUAUGGCGCUUCAGGUGUUUCAACCUUGACAUAGGUGAGCUACUCAAAUACAUAUACUCUCAGAAACAAAUAUUAUCCAAAAUGGGCAAGGUAAAAUCCGAGAAUCUCUACGAGAUCAUGAAGAAAUGCAAUAACUUUAACGAACUUCCGGACCCUGACCCACAACCAGAGCGCAAGAUUUUUUUACAGCAAUGCAAGCCGUCUUCCAAGUCAUUUUCGAAAAGGGACAUCAAGGCUAGGAACUACGAAAAUUAUCUAAGAUUUGAGUAUGGAUGCUCAGAAGCCAUACCCGGAGAAUUCGACCCAGAAAAAUUAGAAGCUGUUUUACAAGCCAAGCUCAAGCUUAACACCGAAAAUAGGGACUUGACCACGACUGACUCCGAGCUUCACCGGCGAGAUGAAGAACUAUCUGAGCUUGAUACUACUAAUGAAUACCAAGAAUUUGAAAAUAUACUAAACAUUAUAUAUUCCGAGGAGAUAAAUGUUUCUUCCGGGUCCCUCUCAGAUAUAUCAGUGACAGAGUCCUUGGACUCUGACGAACAGCUUGAUGAAUAUGAGAACGAAGCUAUUGUCACUGUCGCCUCAGCAGAAAAGUUUACACGGGCAAGUCCUGAAAUUGGUCCUAUGGCCACGGUGAUCCGCCGUUCGGCACCAGAACCUAUCGUGCGCAAACCUACUCCGCGCAUUAGAACCGGCUCCAAGCCGCCACUUUCCCGGAGCGCAUUCGCCCGCGCCGGAUUGCCAAGCCCGAAAGAUGGAUCCCCGGCAACUACGACUUUAAGAGGGUAUCCAAAAGCACCCAAAUACUUUCCGUAUAAGAGUAAGGCGAGAAGCGCUUAAUUCAUAGGCACCUAUAGUUGCUAGACAGGUAAAAUUUAUGUUUGAUUUGCUUCACGUACCUAGGCAAUUGAUUCUUCUUAGAACGAAUUGAAUUGCGACAUUAAUAGCCCCAGAUUUUGAUUCUACGGACGACCGAGUGUUGUAGAUGGUGACUAGGUUGAUCGAUGUAGUGAUUUUCACAGUUG